AUGGCAAGUAACAUCCCUGCUGGACUGAAGUCUGCCGACAUUGGGCGCUUUGCGCUCAGGGCAGCUCAGAUCGAGAAGGCCAAGCCGGUGGUGGCCUACUGGUGUGAGUCUGCCUCUCCCCGCGAUCCGGGUAUUCGAGCUGACCAAGUCCCUAAUGCGGCAGGCAAUUUCCAUAUUGUGAACCAGAUUAUUGAAAGGGGCCUCCACAGUUCAGACGAUGAGAUUAAAAUUUACACGACCAACCUGGUGGAUAAGCUGGAGCAGUUCAAGAAGGAGAACCCAGAGAAUGAAACAGUGACGGAUAAUGUGGCAGCGAGUGCGUUCGUGGAACAAUUUGGGUUGGAGGUGUUCAAUCGCGCCGAGGCUGCCAUGACUGCCAACAAGGUCACCAAACAAACGGCGGAUACCUUUCAGGCGGCGGCGACAUUCCUUGAGUUGUGCCAGAUUUGGGGUGAUUUGGACCCGGAAAUUGCUGGGAGGAUCAAGUUCGCCAAGUACCAUGCAGUUCGAAUUGUCAAGGCGAUCAAGGCUGGCGAGGACCCCAACGCAACAAACCCUGUACCAGCAGAAGAGGAAGAACCCGUUGACGCACCAGAGGUACAGGCAUUUGAUCAAUCUGUGGCAGAACAGGCUUCCAAACCCCGGCAGGCGUCGGUUGAGGAAAUCCUCGAUGAAUCAGAUCGUCUUGGACGACAGCUAGCCCACCAGUCGUCUUUGGAUGAGUCCCUUCACCCAUCCCGAACAUCAUCUGUUCCUCGGCAGCCUGCCGCCCCGGUGCCAGAUAUUCCAUCUGUCCCGCGCAAUGCGCCUGGUUCCCCUGCACAAACCAUGGAUGUUGACCAACCUCAUGCAUUGACUGGUGGCGCUCGUGAUGCCUCACACCAUCCCAAUGCCUUCCAGUCCUUCCCACCACCAUCCGGGAGCCCGUCAGUACCUGCACCAGAUCCAGCCUCAUUCUAUGACCCGUCGAGUGCCAGCGCCCAUAUCCCACAUCCUGCAGCUUCGCCAUCGGGGCCACCCUCAACUGCACGAGUGCCUGUUGCUCCUGCUCCUACUGCGCCGAGCCAACCAUCCCACUCGGUAGACGAUAACUCAAUCUCUCUGGCACAGAAACAUGCUCGCUGGGCUGUAUCUGCAUUGACAUUUGAUGAUGUCAACACAGCUGUCAAGGAGCUAAAGAAUUCUCUGAAAUACCUUGGUGCAGAAUGA